UUGAAUUCCGCUCACUCAUACCCGCGGCCGACUCGCUGCCAGCGCACGUACCGACUGGUGACCGCACAAAUACAUUACAAUAAUAGUGUUUUAAGUGGUUUUGUGACAUGUUGUGAUGGUGCAGUGACGAAAUGGAGUCGACUCCGAUCUGUCGGUGCCGCGUGCUUUAUUUGGGCUCGGCGGUGCCCCAACAGAGUAAAGACGGCCUGCAAGGCAUCCAGGAACCUUUGCGCGAGUUGUAUCCGGAAAAGGGAGCGACCACCGGCGGCAUAGACUCGUGGCUGUCCGUCUGGUCCAACGGCAUCUUAUUGGAGAAUGUCGAUGAGAGCGGUUCUAGAGUGGCCAGGUUUUUUCCCAUUUCGAGUCUACAUUAUUGCGCAGCUGUUCGGCGAGUGACAGUCGAAGGAGCGCCGAGAUUUUUACCUUUGGACUCGCCCUUCGCUCGGGCUCCCGCUCCUCGACGUCCUCCAUUGUUCGCGGCGGUUUUACGUCGUACUCAAGGAAUAAAGGUCCUGGAGUGUCACGCCUUCAUCUGUCGCCGCGAGGCGGCAGCCAAUGCUCUAGUCCGUUGUUGCUUCCACGCGUAUGCUGAUAGUUCCUACGCGAAACGUUUAGAGGCAGAAAGAGCGCCCCCGCAGCUCCUACCCGAACCCGAAGAGGAGCUGGAAGUGUUUGACGGGGAUGAGAAUCACAAAGUAUGGGUAGGGGAGGUGGAACGGGACGAUGCGAGCGAUGACAUUCCUCACCCGACGCGAGCGCCACGUCCUCGACAGAUCACUAGGCCCGCGUCGGUGCCGCCGCCCCCUCCGCCACCUGAGGAACCUAAAAAGAAGGCGACAACUAAGAAAACAAAGAAAAAGUCUUCUGCGUCCGCCGACGAAUUGUAUGCGACAAUGCCGGGGCCGGCUCCCAUGAUGAAUGGCAGGUCACUGGGCCGCGCGCCGCCGGCGUGGGCGGCGCACGCGGCGCACCCCAUGGUGCUGGUGGCGCACCCGGCCGCCACGCUGCCGCACGCGCGGCCCGCCACGCUGGGCCAUCGGGGUCGUCUGCCGCCCGGCCCCUUCCCACCGGGUCCUCCGCCAGGCAGGGGUCGCUUACAGUAUGCCACAGUUGAUCCCCGGCGUUCGAAGCCUCCGCCCUCGGCCAUGAAAGCAGCGCAGAGUAUGACCGGGCUAGAGGCGGUCGAGGAUGCUGGGGGGAUCUACAGGAAGAAAGGUCAUCUGAACGAGCGCGCAUUUUCAUAUAGUAUCAGACAAGAACACAGAAGUCGGUCACACGGAUCUCUCGCCAACCUGAAGUUCGCCGCUCCGCCUGAGGUGGAGUCCGGUCGCGAGGAACUGAAGAAAGAGCGGGAGAUCAUGCAGAUGGUAGCUGGUUUGCAGCUCAGCUCAGACGAGGUGGAGCGGCGCGAGGUACCGCCGCACAUGUUGAGGGCGAGACACGCGCCCAGAUAACACUACGCCAUAGCAGCUGUGGUGCCAUCUCUCGGAUAGAAUCUGCUUCGGCCAGUUGAGCGAUAUCGAAUAAUGAAAACGAUUUGAACAGUUGAACCAAAUGGCAAAUGUAACCGACUUGAUACAUAAGACGAAGCAGUAAAGCAUAAUUUGCAUUGUUGUAAAUGCAUCUUAUCUACGUCUUAAAUACCAAAUCGAAUUUGUAUUACCUAAGUUAAUAUGGUUUUUUUACAAGUUAUAAUCAUUUUUAAAUAGUGUUACGUUCUAAUUCAUAAUAGACAAAUAGCAACCUUGUUCAAGCAUAUUUUAUACUAUAAUAAAAUCAAGCGAUUACAGUAAAACAGAAAAUUGUAAAAAUUACUUCUUUUUUGUUUCUGUUGACCGCCCCCGCUGUAUAAAUUCUACAUUUCCAUACUUAAUUUUCUUAAAUAACUAUCCUCUAUUUACUGACGUACUUAUCCGUUUCAGUUUUAUUACCUACAUGUAAGUUAAACUACAGAAAGAGUUCAUAAGUUACUUUGAAUGAUAAACGUCAUCUGCGUCAAUACUGUCAAUAGUUAACAAUUUUUUUUAUCGUAUAGAAACGUACUGUGAGCUGAGCUAUGAAAUUUUGAUAGGAAUGUCAUGUUUAAGGUUAUAGGUAUUUUUAUCCAAUUGAUCACACAUUAUGUAACAUUCAUGGCUAAACCACACGAACCUCAUAAGUCAUUAAUAAUUAUUAAAAAUAAAAUUACCAUUGAUUUACAUCUACCUAUGACCGUUGCUUAGGUUAAUGUGUGUACUUAUUGUACAGUCAGCGUCAAAAUUAUAUUAGCGUCUAGAGUAAUCAAAAUAAAAAUAUAAAAGCAAUAUGAUACAGAACCAUCGUAUUGUCUGCGUACAAGGUAUUAAAAAUAUGUUACUAAUCAUUGCUUCAUAUUUAUUCCAUCAAAUUCAAAUUCAAAAUUCAAAUUCUAUCAAUACCUACACUAAAGUUGGUGUUAAUUUAUAUACUUACUUAAUUCUAGGUUUUAUUCACAACCAGUGAUUAUUCCCACUAUCACACUAUAGGACAUCAGUAUCAUCCCCAACUCGUAUUGUUUGCUAAAAUAAUUUUUAACAUCCAAUGUGGUCAUUUAAUUACGAAAAUUGAUUUGUUUUUUUAGAUAUUUUGUAUAUUAUUAUACCCUGUGCACAGACAACAAUAUGAUGAUUCGAGUUGCGUACCUACCUGAAUCUAAUUGAUUUCAUAUGUUUCAGUCUAUAUUAUCUACUACUAGACGCUCGUAUCAUUUUGACGCUGACUGUACGGGAUAUUAAUAUUUGCAUAUUAUGCAAACCUGCGAAAAGUAUAAGAAAAAAAAGUUUUUUAUUUUGAGGUAAAAUAUUUGUAGACAUUAUAAUGUAAAAUAUGAAACGGUAUUUGGCCAUUAUUGUAUGAACAUUUGUACAAAAUUAGAAUAAAAACAAGCGUCAAAAGUCUUAGAUAUCUAAGUAUUGAGAGAGGGCGUAAUUCCAUUGCAUUAGGGUACUUAUGUUAAUAUUUUUUGGGAUAUUACGAAUUAGUAAUAAAGAUAAGUCCUAGAUUUAUAGAUAAAACUUGUAACAUCAUCUGUGGGACCGAUCUAAAGAAAGGAAUGCAGUUAUGCCUACAAAAUAAAGAGAAGCAAGAUCGGAUCCAACCAAGUCGGGGCGUAUGUAACUAAGUAGUUUACGUUUCAUAAUUUGCUUCCUAAAAAGCGAUUGAGUAAAUGGUUGUUCAUUCAUUUAUUUUAAUCAAUAUUAAAUGUAGUUAUGCGUCUAAUAUAAAGAAGACAUACUUACGGACACUAUUAAUUACUUUAUGGAAAUUUUAUCAAAGCUUUGUAUUGUACCUUCAAAGUUCAAAUGCUUAUUUACUUUUUUGCUUUUGAAAUAGGCAAAAAAAUAAUAUUCUAUUUAAGUGUUUUUUUAUUUCAAAAUUACCUAUACGUAGUUAAGUCUGCAUUUGUUAUAAUCUAACACAUAAUCAAACUUUUAUGAUUAAGUUCUUAAGUUUUAAUAUAUGGAUAUUUAUCUAGAUAUUUUCGUAAAUGAUUAUUGUAAAUAAAUAUAUAAUUCUACUUAAAUUUUGUAGGUAGGUACUUUAAGUUCUUAUUAUGUGAAAAAUGGAGAUAUGUGUCUUGUUAAUGUAGGCUAUGUGUGCCAUUAAUGUUAUUAUUUUACUGAAUUACUUAUUUAAUGAAAGUACCUAAUCGCAGAGCAUUGUACAUUAAUAAUUAUAAAAUAUUCUGUAUAUAAUGGUUCAUACUUUUUAUACUUUUAGUAAGAAACAGUAUCAGCGAAAAGACAACGAUGUAUCCAAUUAUUAUGAAUGAAUUAAAAUUAUGUAGUUUCGUA